AUGGCGAAUCCUGGUGGUGGGGCUUCGCCUCCUGUGGCAACUUUGUGGGGUGAAGUAAAUAAAGCCGUAUUGCAGGUGACAAAGGAUGAUGUCACGGCUCUUCAUUGCAAGGUAGUUUGUCUUAUCCAGAAUGGAAAAGAGGCCCUCAAUGUAAUCCACAGUAAUUCUAAAGUUAUAACAAGUGAUGUUAUAGCAUUUGAAAAAGCGUACUGUGAGUACAGGUUAAACCGAAUUGAAACUGCAUUAAAAACCAUUGAAGGGGCUCCCCAAAAGUCAGAAAAAUUGCAAGAGCUCCAUGGACAAGUAUUAUAUAGAUUGGAAAGGUACUGUGAUUGUUUAUCUGUGUAUCGAGAUAUAAUUCGAAAUUCUCAGGAUGAUUAUGAUGAAGAGAGAAAGACAAACUUGUCUGCUGUGUUAGCAGCAAUGAGUAUCUGGGAAAAAAUGCUCCAGGUUUUCAUUUUACCUCUACAGGAGGACUUUGGCAUUCAGGAGACCACAUAUGAACUGUGCUAUAAUUCUGCCUGCACAUUGAUAGGCCAGGGCCAACUGUGUGAAGGAAUGACAAAACUGCGAGAAGCCGAAGAUCUCUAUUUAUUCCUAUGUCUUGAUGGUGAUAUGAACCAAAAUUCUUCAGCCACUGAAUGUUCUUGCAUAAUCUUGGCUAUUGAUUUAACUGAAGAAGAUAUAGAGGCAGAACUAGCUAUAAUUCAUGGUCAGAUGGCCUAUGCCAUGCAGCUCCAAGGCAAUACAGAUGAUGCUCUACAACUCUACAACCAAAUCAUUAAGUUAAAGCCUACUGAUGUUGGUUUGUUGGCUGUUGUAGCCAGCAAUAUCAUCACUGUUAACAAGGUAUAUAUAGUUCUGAACUACUUUGAUUAUGUGAACAUUAGUGAUGCACCUGGCUUUGUCCUAAAUAAUAAUGUUUACCGAUAUAAGAGCUCUGCUUUCAAUGUAUACAAACCAGGAAAUGUUACAAAAGCUUGUAUGAUCCUCAAAAGCAUUAAGGAGCUACAACAUACACCUGGCAUGGUGUCUGCACUUGUAACUAUGCACAGCCAUGAUGAAGAUAUAGACUAUUGCUAUUGAAGUAUUUUGAGUAUUUUUGAAGUAUUUUCUAAUGCAAUCAGCUGGUAUCAAGAAAACCAAGCAAACUCCCCAGUGCACUUGUCUUUAGUAAGAGAGGCAGCUAACUUCAAAUUAAAACAGGGACGAAAAAAAGAUGCAAUUUCUGAUCUGGAACAUUUAUGGAAACAAAACCCCAAAGACAUACUGCAUACCUUGGCCCAGCUAAUCUCUGCUUAUUCACUAGUGGAUGCAGAAAAAGCAAAAAUACUUAGCAAGCAUUUGCCAUCUUCUGACACCAUGAAGCUGAAAGUAGAUGUCGAUGCCCUAGAAAAUUCUACUGGAGCUACUUUUACUAGGAAAAAAGCUGCAAAAGUUGCUGUAGAACAGACAAAGGAAGAAGGGCAAACUGACAUUAAGAAGAAAAAAAAGAAAGGAAAGAUGCCCAAGAAUUGUGAUCCAAAGGUUACACCAGAUCCAGAAAGAUGGCUCCCAAUGCGUGAGCGCUCUUAUUAUCGUGGAAAGAAGAAGGGGAAAAAGAAGGAUCAGAUAGGCAAAGGGACACAAGGAACCACAUUAUCUGCAUCAGCUGAACUGGAUGCUAGUAAAACAGCAAGUAGUCCACCGACAUCUCCACGACCUGGGUUGGCAGCACCAGGUGGCUCUUCCUCCGCUUCUAGCGUCAUUCCCCCCAGACAUCAAAAGCCAGUAGGAGCUGCAGGAACAAAGAAGAAACAGCAGCAAAAGAAAAAGAAAGCAGGGAAAAGUAGUUGGUGAUGAAUCUGUAUGCUCUAGA